AUGAAGGUGGUAAAGUCUUUGACCAAAAUGUCAAAUCACAAUACUCAUCAGGAUUUUCCUAUUGUGAAGCUGAAAACCAAGCAAAGUAAAUAUAUCACAUGUUUAAAGGAAUCUUCAAGUAGCACUGAAGAAACAAAUAUUGCUGUUGGGGAGAAAGUUUACAAAUAUUUACCAUGCAUGAAAGUCUUCAAUCAAAUACCUAAUCUAAAUACACUUAACAAAAUAGGUACCAGAGAAGAACACAAGUGUAAAGACUGUGGUAAAACAGGUCAUUGUUUUUCAGGUGUAAAUCUACAUAAAAGUAUUUAUCCUGGACAAAAGGCUGAUAUGUGUAAAGAAUGUGGCAAUGCAUUUAGGAUUACCUCAACCCUUACUCAUCAUCACAGAUUUCACACUGGACAUGGGCCUGGUAAAUAUAGAGAAUGUGGUAAAGCUUUUAGCCAGUCUUCAGAUUUCAAUGAAUAUCAGAAAAUUUAUACAGGAAAGAAAAAUUUCCAAUGUAGUGAAGGAGACAGUGCCUUUACAGAGUCCUGUAAUCUUGCACAAGAUCACAGAAUUCAUACUGGAGAAAAGCAUUAUGAGUGUAGAGAAUGUGGAAAAGCCUUUAGGUGGUCCUCAACCUUUACUUGUCAUCAGAGAGUUCAUACUGCAGGGAAAGCUUAUAAAUGUAUACAAUAUGACAAAGCAUUUACACAGUCUUCAAGCCUUACUUGCCACGAAAGAAUUCAUACUGGAAAGAAGCCUUAUAAAUGUACACAUUGUGAAAAAGAAUUUACACACUCUUCAAGCCUUAUUUCACAUCAGAAAAUUCAUACUGGAGAGAAGCCUUAUGAAUGUACAGAAUGUGGUAAAGCAUUUAGGCACCUGACAACACUUACUAAUCAUCAGAAAAUCCAUACUGGAGAGAAGCCUUAUGAAUGUACAGGAUGUGGUAAAGCCUUUAGGCACCUGACAACACUUACUAAUCAUCAGAAAAUUCAUACUGGAGAGAAGCGUUAUGAAUGUACACAAUGUGGGAAAGCCUUUAGACACCAGGGAACACUUACUCAACAUCAGAAAAUUCAUACUGGAGAGAAGCCCUAUGAAUGUACACAAUGUGGGAAAGCCUUUAGGCACCUGAAAACACUUACUAAUCAUCAGAAAAUUCAUACUGGAGAGAAGCCUUAUGAAUGUACACAAUGUGGGAAAGCCUUUAGACACCAGGGAACACUUACUCAACAUCAGAAAAUUCAUACUGGAGAGAAGCCCUAUGAAUGUACACAAUGUGGCAAAGCCUUUAGACACCUGAAAACACUUACUAAUCAUCAGAAAAUUCAUACUGGAGAGAAGCCCUAUGAAUGUACACAAUGUGGGAAAACCUUUAGGCAAUGGAUAACACUUACUAAUCAUCAAAAAACUCACACUGCAGAGAAGGCUUAUGAAUGUAUACAGUGUGGCAAAUCAUGUACUUGCUCCUUAACCCUUAUUUUACAUCGGAGUGGUCAUUCCCAUGAAAAGGUUUAUGUAUGUAAAAUAUGUGGUAAAGCCUUUCGCCAGUCCUGUAAGCUUUCUCGGCAUCAGAAACUUCAUAUGGGAGAGAAGCCUUGUAAGUGUUGA